AUGGCGGACACGAACAACAACUCAUCCAAACGACUCGAAGCCGUGAUCCUCGCCGCAGGGAAGGGCACUCGCAUGGAGUCCGAUCUCCCGAAGGUGUGUCAUCCUGUCGGUGGUCGUCCGAUGGUCUGUUCUGUCGUUGAUACCUGUCUUGAUGCGGGAUGCGAUCGCGUCGUCGUGGUGGUGGGGUACAAGCAAGAGCUCGUCCGCGAAGCACUCGCGGACUACGGCGACAAAGUCGAGUUCGCAGUCCAAGAAGAGCAACUCGGGACAGGUCACGCCGUGAUGAGCGCCAAAGACGCGUACGCAAGCAGCGACAAUGACAAUACCGAUAUCUUCGUGCUCUGUGGAGACGGCCCGCUCAUCCGCACCGAAACACUGAACAAACUGCUGGAUCUGCACCGCUCUACGAGUGCCGCAGGAACGCUCGCGACGAGCCGGAUCGAAGACCCAAGCGGAUACGGCCGCAUCGUCCGUGAUGACAGCGGCUCGUUCGCACGCAUCGUUGAGCAGAAGAACGCGAGCGAGGACGAGCUCAAGAUCAACGAGGUCAAUCCGAGCUACUACUGCGUUAACGCCAGCGCGAUGUUUGACGCACUCGAUCGCGUGCAGCGCAACGAACUGACUGGUGAGUACUACAUCACCGACAUCUUUGAGUUCAUGCUCGACGACGGCAAGCGUGUCGAGGUCAUCGACGCGGUGCCUCCUGAAGACAUUCUGAGUAUCAACACGCUCGAUCAUCUCGCGCAGGUGGAUGCGAUCUACCGAAGGGACACAGUCAUGAGCAACGGCGGCAUCAAAGUCUUCUCAGGACGCAACACCAAAGAACUCGCGCAGCGUGUCUGUGACUCAGCAGGUCUCGAGCUCGGGAAAGCACGCACCAUCCUCUUCCCAGACGGCGAAGUUAUUGUCAAGCUCGAUGACGAUGUGCGUGGCCGUGAUUGCUUUGUAGUGAUCUCGACCUGUGAUCCAGUCAACGACAACCUGAUGGAACUCCUGGUGUUCUGUGACUGUUUGCGUCGUGCAAGUGCGAAGCGGAUCACGAUGGUUAUGCCGUACUACGGCUACGGGCGUCAAGACCGCAAAGACGAAGGGCGCGUUCCAAUCACCGCGAAACUUGUCGCGAACCUGAUUACUGCUGCGAAAGCGGAUCGCGUUCUCUCGAUUGAUCUGCACGCCGCUCAGAUCCAGGGGUUCUUUGACCUCCCGUUUGAUCACCUCUCCGCGAUGCCGGUUUUCUACAAGUACUUCGAAUCAAUCCGUGACGAGCUGGGUGAACUCUGUCUGGUCUCUCCUGAUGUAGGCAAUGUGAAGGUCGCUGAGAAGAUGGCCAAUCUGCUCCACGCGGAUCUUGCGAUCAUCAACAAGCGUCGCAUCACUGGGGAAACUGUCGAAGUCGGGAACCUGAUCGGUGAUGUGAAGGGCAAGACGGUCCUCAUGUUCGAUGACAUGAUCUCGACCGGUGGGACAGUUUGCGAAGCCGCGAAGCUGGUCAUGAAUGAGGGGGCUUCGGACAUCAUCGCCGCGGCGACGCACGGCGUGCUCGCAGGGAAGGCGAUCGAGCGACUCGCUGAUUCACCGUUCUCGCGUGUGAUCCUGACGGACACCAUCCCGACUGGAGAUCGUUGCGAUCCAAUCAAAGACAAACUCACCGUGCUCUCAGUGGGAGAGCUGAUCGGUAAAGCAAUCAAACGCAUUCAUAACAACGAUUCCAUCAGCGCCAUGUUCCGAGGAACCGCAGAGACCAAACGCUGA